AUGAAAAAAUUUCUUAAUUAUCUUAAAACAUCUGCUGCUGAAUAAUAAGAGCCUAUCACACAGAAUCAGUCAGAUCAAGAACAUUUUCUAGUUUUGGUUGGUGAUAUAAUUAAAUACCAAAAUGAACCAACCAAUCCAACUAAAAUCAUUCCUGUCAUUAGACAAAUCAUCCUCUAUGCUAUUAAAGGAGACAAUGAAUUGCAUAAGUAAUUGUUUGAGUCAUUUAUGGAAAUCGAUCUUCUCAAUAGAUUAUAUGACAUCUUAUAACGGAGAUUAUGUCAUCAUUCAUUGAUUUAAGAAGUAAGAGAAUCAAACAAUAUUUAUAGAUUUUUGAAUAGGUAAGUUCAUUAUUGAUCAAUGUGAAAGAGAUCACAAAUAAGAAUUACAUCUUAUCCCAUUCUAGCAUUUCAAAUAUGGUUUUAUGGAAACAAUCGUUUGAAUAAUACUAACCCAAUAUCGAGAUUGUAGAAACAUAUAUCAGCUUUUUAAAUUUAUUGGCAGUGAAAUUAGAUGACAUUACGACGAUGUUUUUUAUUAAUCUCAAAUAUCCGUAGUUCCCACUUUUAUGGAAUGCUAUCAGAUUCUAUAAUCAUCCUGAAUUGAUGGUGAGAAAUAAAAGUAGAUCAAUUGUUCUUCAUAUUCUUAAUAGUAAUAUUCUAUAGUGAAUUUUAGUCAAAAAUCAAAACAUCAUAGCUUAUACUAAAAGCUUCCCAUUUCUAUAAUAUUAUUUCAACUUGGGAAAUCAAGUUUUGCUUACAACCAAGGAGAUUAAUGUGGUUGUUGAAAAAAUUAAGUGGCGAUUCGAAGGUUAGUAGUAAGACCAAUUAGCAAUGCUAUCUGAAGAGUUAAAAGAAUAAUUGUAAUAUAUUCAUGAUCUCUUUAUAAAUAAUGAAUAUUUGGAAUAAUUAAUUUUAGAUUAUGCAAUUCAGAGACCUGUGAUUCAAUUAAGUUAAGUUAUCAAGUAUGGUUAUGUAAGUUAUCAUAAUAAUAAUUCAAAUAGCAACACUUUCAUAUCGCUGUUGCUCUUCAAGCCUUCCUUUUACUCUUGUUAUAUUUUAGGACAAAUGUUAAAAUCAUCCAAUACAUCUAUUAUAUUUUCCUCUCCCAAGACAAAUCAAAAGUUACUAUUAAUGAAGAAUUCUGGGCAUAUUCUAAUGCAUACGAUAAUGACCCAGAUUUUAUGAAAAAGUUAUGUCUUCAAAUAUAUUAAACUCUAAAACCUAUUGAUUUAUUGGAUCUGAAACAUGAGAAUUUAGAAAUUAAAAUGAGUCUAUAAUAAUUGAAGCAAGUGGAUUGCAUAAAUUAAUAAUAAAGAAUUGAGAGUGAGAUUGAAAUGUAGGAGAGCUAAAUCUUAAAUAGUGUUUAUUAACAUAGUUCAAAUAAGGAAGUGUUAAUUUAUGUUCUCCUAUUUAUGAAAGAAUUAGCCAAUCAGCAUAAUAUAUAAACUUACUAUUAAUAUGUAAUUAUUAUUUUCUAUUCUAGAUUCUUAAACUUGCAUCAGAACAAGAUUAGCAAUUAAUUGUUGUUAUUUUAUCACUAGACAUUAUAUACGCAUUUAAAUAAUAAUUGGAUUCUCAAAAUUAUAUUAAAAAAUUGUAUUACUAGAUAUUAGCUGAGCUUAUUUUUAAUAUCAAAACAUCUUAAUUAUUUCUAGAUUAAUUAAUUGAUAUUUUUAAGAAGUACAAUAGAAUUUUAUAUUAGAAAACCCCUAUCGAUCAAAAGAGAAUUCAUUAUUGAUUAAUAAAUCAAUGUUCAUCACGAAAAAUACGCCAUACUCUUUGAUCCUUAUAGUUCUUUGGCUAAAAUCUAGAAACUCGAAUAUUGCAUGCUGCUAUCUUAGCAUUAGAUUUUUGAGGAUCUUCCAAAGAUUAAUGAGUAAUAUCCUGAACUGACAAAACUUCAAGUACCUAUCUAUUAGAUAGGGGAUAAGCCUAAUUGUGCAAAGAUGGCUUGUCAAUAUAGUCAAACAGGACAUUUCUAUAACACAGAUACAUAGUAAUAUCAAUAUAUAUUUAGUUAUAUCUUAAAUGUUGAUAAUUUCUUACAUGUUGUGUAAUUAGAUGAAUAGGGAGUCAUUGUUGAUGUGAUAUGUUCUAAAUUAUGGCAAUUAUUGUAGGUUUAUGGAAUUGAAAGAGUUUAAGUUCUCCAAUUUACUUACUUUGAUUUCUCUAAGGUAUUAGAUUCAUAAUAAUAAAUAGUUUUAUUUGAGAUUUAACAAUUUCGAUGAUGUCAAGUAUAUAGAUUCCCUAUCCUCAUAGUAGUAGCAAUAAUUUGGUGAUUGGUUCAAAGAGUUACUUAUUUAGAAAUUAGAGAAAUUAUAAUAGGAAAAUCAGCUUAUUUUUUAAUGA